AUUGCGAAUGCCAUAUAUUAACAAAUUUAUUAUAAUUAUAAUUAUUAGUAUUAUUAUAUUUUAGUAAGCAACCUGUUUUAAAAUAUUGUUUAAAUUUGAAUGGCUUAAAUAAAUAGCGAGUGCAUCAUCGUCUUCUACAUUCAUCUUCCAUUACUUGAUUUCAGAAAGCAUUUCUCGUGACCUAACUUUCUCAUUUUCACACCCUACUUCAAUCACCAUUACUACGUGAACAAUUAACCGAUUAGAAAAUCAUCGAAUUCGUCUCUGCGAUCAUCAAUUCGUUAGCGUUGAAUUGAUCGGUGAAAUGAGGAUGAGUAGGAGAGCGGCGGCGGAGGCGGAGGAGGAGUAUGUGGUGGAGGACGUGCGAGAUCUGGAUGAAGAUGAGGGGAGGUUAAAGAAGCGACGGAGUAGGUUUACGUUGUUGGCUGGAGAUCUAGGCCUUGAUCCCAGUCGUAGAGGUUUCACCAAAGACAACAACUUUAUUCAUGGCAUCACUGGAUGUUCUCCUCGCCUCUUCUUCAUUCAUCCUCAAAACAGCAGCUGGUACCGGGCAUGGGAGAAAUUCAUAUUAAUAUGGGCAGUGUAUUCUUCUUUCUUCACACCAAUGGAAUUCGGAUUCUUCAGAGGAUUACCCAAAAACCUGUAUUUUUUAGACAUUGCUGGACAAGUAGCUUUCCUCAUUGAUGUCAUUCUACAAUUCUUUAUAGCAUACAGAGACACUCAGACCUACAAAAUGGUUUCUAAUCGUAAUCUCAUUGCUGUUAGGUACCUCAAAUCUCAUUUUUUGUUUGAUAUACUUGCCUGUAUGCCUUGGGAUAACAUCUACAGGGCUUCUGGAAGAAAAGAAGAAGUGAGGUACCUUUUGCUACUUAGAUUGGUUCGAGUACGGAAAGUUCUAGAAUUUUUCUCAAGGCUGGAGAAAGACAUACGCGUGAACUAUUUGUUCUCGAGGAUUAUAAAACUUAUAGCUGUUGAACUCUACUGCACACAUACUGCAGCAUGCAUCUUCUAUUAUUUGGCUACAACAUUGCCAGCUGUCGAAGAAGGAUACACCUGGAUCGGAAGUCUAAAACUUGGAGAUUAUAGCUACGCAAAUUUUAGAGAGAUUGAUCUUUGGAAACGCUAUACAACAUCAUUGUAUUUCGCAAUUGUUACUAUGGCCACAGUCGGUUAUGGUGAAAUCCAUGCCGUCAAUCUGCGAGAAAUGAUAUUUGUAAUGGUUUACGUCUCAUUUGAUAUGGUUUUGGGUGCUUAUUUGAUCGGUAAUAUGACAGCCUUGAUUGUCAAAGGAUCAAAAACAGAAAGAUACAGGGAUAGAAUGACCGAUCUUCUUAAGUAUAUGAACAGAAAUAGACUUGGGAGGGACAUACGUAAUCAGAUCAAAGGUCACCUAAGAUUACAAUACGAGAGUAACUACACUGAUUCCGCUAUUCUUCGUGACCUUCCAAUUUCUAUUCGUGCCAAGAUAUCUCAAACUCUGUAUAAGUCAUACAUUGAAAAAGUUUCUCUUCUUAGGGGAUGCUCAUUGGAAUUCAUCAAUCAGAUUGUAACUAAAGUGCAUGAGGAGUUUUUUCUCCCAGGGGAAGUAAUCAUGGAACAGGGAAAUGCAGUUGAACAACUUUAUUUCAUCUGUCAUGGUGAACUGGAGGAAAUUGCUAUAUGUGAAGAUGGAUCUGAAGAGACCGUAUCAAUUUUAAAACCUGACAGUUCAUUUGGAGAAGUUUCUAUAUUAUGUAACGUUCCUCAGCCCUAUACGGUUCGAGUUUGUGAGCUUUGCAGACUUCUUCGAAUCGACAAACAAUCUUUCUCUAAUAUCCUUGAGAUAUAUUUUCAUGAUGGCCGGAAAAUUCUGAAUAAUUUGGUAGAGUUCAAAGCAACCGAUGACCGUUUGAAGCAAUUAGAGACUGAUAUCACAUUGCAUAUUGGAAAACAUGAAGCUGAGCUGGCACUGAGAGUCAACAGUGCGACGUAUUAUGGUGAUUUGUAUCAGCUGAAAAGCUUGAUUCGAGCUGGAGCUGACCCAAACAAGAAAGAUUACGACGGAAGGACACCACUGCAUCUCGCUGCAUCGAAAGGAUACGAGGAUAUCACUCUUUUCCUUAUUCAAGAAGGAGUUGAACUUAACGCGUUAGAUAAUUUUGCCAACACGCCUUUAUUAGAAGCCAUUAAGUAUGGUCAUGAUAAAGUGGCUUCAUUACUAGUGAAAGAAGGUGCAACAUUAAAGAUAGAUGAUGCUGGUUGUUUCUUAUGUGCGACCGUUGCAAGAGGAGAUAUUGAUUAUAUUAAACGAAUACUAUCCAACGGUAUUGACCCGAAUUCGAAAGAUUUUGACUUUAGAACUCCACUUCAUGUAGCUGCCUCACAUGGUUCUUAUAUAAUUGCUAAGUUGCUCGUUGAAGCUGGAGCUAGUGUUCUAUCAAAGGAUAGAUGGGGUAACACUCCCCUUGAUGAAGGGAGAAUGUCUGGAAACAAGAUGAUGAUCAAAUUACUAGAAGAAGCAAAAUCUGCUCAGUUGUCAGAACUUCCAGAAGGUUUGCAAGAAAUAACAGAUAAAAUGCACCCGAGGAAAUGUACAGUAUACCCUUAUCACCCGUGGGAUCGAAAAGAAAAUGUGUUUGGAGUAGUCGUAUGGAUACCCCGCACCAUUGAUGAACUCGUCAAAGUAUCGGCAGAGCUGUUAGAGUUAACCGUUCAUCCCACUUGUUGUGUAGUGACCGAAGAUGCAGGUAAAAUUCUUGAUGUUGAUAUGAUCAUAGAUGGCCAGAAGCUGUAUUUGAUAAGUGAAUAAAUAAUUGUUGUUGUUGUAUGCUAGUAUCAUUUUCUGUAUCCAUGUGAGAAUGUGACAUGCAGUUUGGACUGCAAGAUAAAUAAAUAAAUAAACUUCAUCUCAUGGUUC